AUGCUUUUGACACGCUCUACUGGGGUUUUCCAGGGGAUUCAGACCGGCUUGAGGCAGCUCGCCGUCUCGCAAUGCCGGCAGGUUUCUAUUCUUUCCCAGCUACGCCCUUCAGAGGGCUCGAUUAAGGCAUACAAAAGAGUCGGAAGAGGUCCGUCCUCUGGCAGAGGUAAAACGUCGACAAGAGGUCAGAAGGGUCAGAAAGCGCGCGGGAAGGUUAAGUCGUGGUUCGAGGGUGGCCAGACGCCCAUCUACAAGCUGUUUCCCAAGAUCGGUUUCACAAACGUCACAUCUCUGACGCUCAACGAGCUGAAUCUGGAAAGAAUAAUGUGGUUCCACCGCAAAGGGCGCCUGAACCUGGCCCCCGGUGAGACUCUGGACAUGAAGAAAAUGAAAGACAUCGGGCUGGUGACGGGCUCCAUAAAGCAUGGGAUCAAGGUCCUGGGCGAGGGCAAACAGUUCUACAACCUCCCCAUCAAGAUUGAGGCUACAAGAGCCUCUAAGGACGCCAUCCAGGCCAUCGAAAAGGCGGGCGGUGAGUUCACCGCUCGCUACUUCAACCAACUGGGUCUAAAAGCGCAUCUAAGUCCCCAAUGGUUUUUGCAAAAGAGGGGCAGAAUACCGCUGCAAGCGAGACCCGUCAAGCGUAAGGACAUCGACUACUACAGCAACGAGAAGAAGCGCGGGUACUUGGUGAAGGAGAACGACCCACUGCUGCAGCAGAUCCAGCAAGCCCAAGCGGGGGGCCACGAUCACCUUGUGAAGAAGGGCGGCAAGAAAUCCGCGUUGGAGCUGCAGUUGGAGAGCGUCCAAGAUAUGCACGCCUCCAAGUCUGCGCCAUCCCGCAUCAUAACGUUGGAGGAGCUAACAAAAUAG